AUGCCGCUGACCACGAUUCGCACCGCGCCUUCGGCCGACUCCUUCACCUCGCUCGCAGACCAUCAGUCGCAAACACCCACAAACUUCUAUGGUGGAAAGCCUGUUUUACACUACCAAGGCAUCGGUCACCGCGCAAUUGCACCCCGAUCUCAGAUAUCAAAAUUACCGAUCUUCGCACGGGGCGCUGAUAGGCAAGCGCAGUCAGAUGUGGCCACCGACUCGGGACAGGAUGACCAAAAAAUCGUCGAAGUGGUAGACGCUUUCAUUAGCUCAGAGAAUCUCACCUUGUUCAACCCAGCCACUUCAACCGGCGUUUCGAUCCCGUAUCCCGCCAUUUCACUCCACGCAAUUCAGCGACUGGACGACCCCUCCAACUCCAGUCAGGAGAUACAGGGUCUUUAUAUGCAGCUGGAGCUGUCGGAUCUCUCCGCUGCUGCCAACGACGACGAGGAGCAAGAGAUUGUCGAACUGACGCUCGUAGCCCAGCCGUCGGACACGGGAAGUUCGGCGAUCCAAACCCUGUUCGAGGCGGUCUCCAAUUGUUCAAACUUACACCCAGACCCAGCAUUUGGGGAUGAAGAUAUGGAGGGCGGGGAGGACAGCAGGAUAAUUUUUGAAGGGAGUGUUGGCUAUGAUGGUAUCAGUGGUCUUCCUGGGGUGCAGCGAGGCGCCGCCGAUGGUGGGCUCCCUCCUCCAUUUCCAGGCAGUGGUGGCUGGAUCACUGCUGAGAAUGUCUCGGAGUAUUUCGACGGCGAUGGGAACUGGAUCGGGGGUGAAAACGGUGCGGGUCUAGGAGAAGGCGCUGGCAGAGUACGGGCUCGAGACGAGGUGGACGGGGAGGAGGGUGGCGUUAACGGACAUGGAGCGCCUGAUUCCGAUGAGAACAAAAGAGCUAGAACCGAUUGA